GACGAAAUAUUGGGAGUAAAGAAUGUUUUGUGAUGUGUUGGGGAAAUAAAUUAAAGUAAAACUAUAAGACUCACAUUUUAUUCAAUUCGUAAAUAAAUAAUAUUGAAAUGAAUACGUUUGACUCGAAAUACGACAUGUAUCCAGCGGGAGAUGUGGGAGUAAUUGAGGGGGAAAUGAAUAUACCUGGCCGAGGGCCAUCCAGUGGAGACAACAUGGAGUUUAACACAUUGGAUGAACCGAUCAAAGAGACUUUUAUGCGAGACCUCAGAGCAGUCGGAAACAAAUUCUACCAUGUCCUCAUUCCGAGAGAAAAGACUAGUCUUUUAAAAGAAUGGGACCUGUGGGGGCCGCUACUCCUUUGCACUCUUAUGGCCACUAUCCUCCAGGGCUCUGCAGAAAGAGCUGAUAACUCCAACGACGGAGGACCAGAGUUUGCUGAAGUGUUUGUGAUAGUUUGGAUAGGGGCUGCAGUUGUAACUAUCAACUCUAAACUGCUGGGUGGAAACAUUUCAUUCUUCCAAUCGGUGUGCGUUCUCGGCUACUGUUUGUUCCCGGUGGCCCUCGCGCUCAUCAUCUGCCGCAUCAUACUGUUCAGUACGCAGAACACCUUCCUAUUCUUCCUGAGGCUAGUCAUAUCCAUGAUAGGAUUCAUUUGGGCUACUUUCGCGGCAACAAAAUUCCUUGGUGACAGUCAACCUGAAGGGAAGAAGGCGUUAGCAGUGUAUCCAAUAUGCUUGUUCUAUUUCAUACUAUCGUGGUUGGUAGUAUCGCACAGUAACGUUUAGAAAUACGAGCUGUUUCAUUGUGAUAUGAAUUAAAUAUUAUAUUGUUAAUAAUUUUCAUUAAAUUAAGUAAAUUAACUUUAUUGUUAUAUUAUACAGCUAUCAAACGAGUUUAUAAUAUUAUGUAUUUGUAACAAGUAUUAAGAAUGGUCUUCUUGAGUUGACUGUUUUUUUUGUACUGAUUUAAAAAAAAAACCCUGAAAUUUGAGGCACAACAAAACAUUCCUAUGAAUACAUUUAAAAUAAAUAAAUAAAAAAGCGUUUUUGUAAAUACAUAAUA